GUCAUUUUUUGUUGAUGUUUUGAGGAAAUUGUUCCAGAAAUUGCGAAAUUUAUAAUCUUAAAUCUUAUAGUGCUGUAUCUUAAGAAUAAAAGAUGUCCCUAAACACAGCUCAUGCCCAAAAUAAUGGGGUUGUAAUAUAUGCAGGGGAAAGGAUUCUAAUUUUCUACAAUGCUAUUGAGAUGACAUUUGAAGGUCCAAACAUACCUCAUUUUAAAGGCAAGAAGAAAGGUAGAAUCUAUCUUACCACUCACAGAAUGAUAUUUACCAGUACAGAAGGGAAAGAUGCUUUACAAUCAUUUAGUUUUCCAUUCCUGAAUUUACGUGAAGUGGAGUUAGAACAACCAAUAUUUGGAGCUAAUUACAUCAAAGGAAGAAUUAUUGCAGAGCAAGGAGGCAACUGGAAUGGUGAAGCUAAUUUUAAGAUGCAUUUUAAUCAUGGUGGAGCUAUUGAAUUUGGUCAGUGUAUGUUGACAGCUGCUAAACUAGCAUCUAGAAAUCGACCAGCUCAGCCACCACCUUAUUCACCUCCCACAGGACCAAUAUACCAGGCACCACCACCAGCUUAUGAGGCACCACAUACACAAUAUUAUGAUUGGGUUCCUUACCAAACAUUCCCUACAGCUCCACCAGCUGAGUAUGUUUAUACUUAUGAUGCACCGCCACCUUAUCCUGGUGUAGAUCCUAAUGCAGCUGUUUAUCCUCCGCCAUAUGCUGCUGGCAAUGCCACAGGUAAUAAUGCUAAAGAGAGGGAGGCUGCAGCGAGCGCUUAUUAUAAUCCUUCAAAUCCCCAUAAUGCUUAUUUACCACAACAACAGAAUGGUUUUAGUCAGCCACCUCCAAGUUAUGAUGAUGCUACUAAAAAACAAAAUUAAUCAAUGUUAUCAUAUCUGAUUCAGAUAUUGAUUAUUGCAAUAUUUUAUCAAAAUUUCAUUUCUGGAUAUAGUUAAUUGCUAAGAGGUGAUAUAUUUAUGAGGGAAAUUUUAUAUGUUGUAUUAUCAUAAUUCAUAUUCAACUCUUAAUUAACUGUCUGAAGUCAAAAAUGUGAUCCUUCUCUGUUUCAUAUCUUUUCUUUCUAUUUGACAUGAUCCUUGUAAAGUUAUAUCAUGAAGAAAUAUACAAGCUCUAAACAACUAAACAACUUGAUAAGAUACUGUAUUUUUUAAUUGUUAAAAAAUACAGUGACACAGUAUUUGAAGAUGUUGAUGACCUGUUUGUUGAUAUUAGUUAUUAUGUAAUUGUACAUAGAUUGAUAAUUAUUAUGCAUCAGUGAAAAAAUUGUUUAUUAUGUGAUAAGAAGUCAGUUUUUAUUUUAUUUGUGUAAGCAAUGUAGGAUUUGGAAUUCUUUUGUUAAUUUUUUAUUCUUUGAAUGAGGUGAAAUAAAUAUUAACUAAAAUAUUAGCUUAUUUUUUGUCUGUGAUAUGAAAUAUGCUGUAGAAUUUUGGCUUUGACAAUGAUUAGAUACUUUUAUUUUUUAAAUUUGUAAUGCGUUAACAUUUGCUUAAUAAAUAUACUGCACCCA